CUCUUGCAGAGGAUGGGGAGACACGUGACUGGCUCUUGUGUAAGUUUGUUUAAGUGACAGGAGCCCAGCAGAGCGGAGGAGCAGACAGAGAGUGAAGUGCCGGAGCCGGAGCCAGAUUCUAGCAGCCUCCUUAGGGCUCAUGUCUUGCUCUUACACAGGGAACAUGUGACCCAAACUCUUGCACCCUACAAGGCUUAUUGGAUAAAGGAUAUUUAUCCCCUAAUUACAGGUCAUAUUGGCCAAGAAGCAUUAUUAAGAUAUAUACCCACCUAAUACUUAUACCUAAUUACCACCCCAGGAGGAGCCAUUUGGGAUGCGGAGGCACCUGAUUUUGCUCAUUAUUUUUGGACUUGAUGUGGUGCCCUGGAAUCUUUAAGAGGAUUUGGAUUUUCAUUACCAGACUGAAGGCAAAGGAACAUCAUGGAUACUGAUACCCACAGCAAGCUGGUCCUGGCUGUCUACAUCUUCACUUUCCUCACAGGCCUGCCCUCCAACUUGCUGGCAUUCUACACCUUCCUGAUCAAGGUGCGCCAGAGGGCAACCCCAGUAGACAUUCUUCUUCUCAACUUGACUGUCUCUGACCUGAUCCUCCUGAUGUUUCUGCCUUUCAAGAUGGACGAAGCAGCUUCCAACAUGAUGUGGAGGCUGCCGCAGUUCCUCUGCCCACUCACCGGAUUCUGCUACUACAGCAGCAUCUACAUCAGCACGUUGUUCCUCACAGCGGUUAGCGUAGAGCGCUAUCUGGGAGUAGCUCACCCUAUCAAGUACAAGCUUAACCGCAAGCCUCUCUACGCCGUAGUGGCAAGCAUCAUCAUAUGGAUUGUGGCCUGCGCUAACUGUAGCAUCGUCUACAUUGUGCAAUACAGGCUUCCGUCGAACGAGACUCUUUCCACCAAUUUCACGUGCUAUGAACAAUUUUCCAAUGAGCAGCUACAGAUCUUACUCCCGGUACGACUGGAAUUAGGCUUGUUUCUCUUUUUUGUCCCGUUCAUUGUAACGGUUUACUGCUAUGUAAACUUCAUCAGAAUUUUGAUGUCUUUGCCCAACAUACCGGCCAAGAGAAAGCAGAGAGCCAUAGGCCUGGCCGUGGCCACUCUCACCAACUUCGUCAUCUGUUUCUCUCCAUAUAACAUCUCCCACAUUGUUGGCUUUAUACAAGAUGAUAGCCCGCCAUGGAGGGUGGAUGCUUUGCUACUUAGCACGUUUAAUGCAAGUUUGGACCCAAUUGUUUUCUACUUCUCCUCUUCGGCUGUUCAGGCUAUGGCUUGUGAGUGUAUCGUUGGGAUAACAAGGAAACUUAGGACCAUCUGCCCUUGUAAUUGUCUCUGCUUUUCACGAUGCGAUGGUUCCGUCAAGGAAAAUAGUGUGGAUAAAUCCUCAGGAUAGAUCCUCGGCCUAAGGAUUUGGAAGCUGGAGGCAUCUCAAUCAAAGCACUGAGCAAGAUCCAUUCUUCAUCUUUGCUUUGUACUUGCAAAACUGGUUUGGGGUGAAAACCUCAAAGGUCAACUCAUCAUAGGAAAUGAUCAAAAUUCAAGGUAGAGGACUACUGAUAAAGACAUUGGGACAUUGUCAUGACCAAUUACAAAGAUACUGUAUAACCUGUAUAUUCAGCGAUGGUCACAUUGGAUCGUGGCUCUUUUCCUACGAUCUUCACCAUAAGAACAAACCAUUUAUUUACCCCGGUGAUACUGCCUGGCCAAAAACAUAACUAACUUCUAUAAACAUUUCAUUGCCAAGCCCUGUCCGUUGGGUUAAUAUUGAAAGAAGAAUUUUUUGUACAGAAUUAAUUUAUUAUUUUUUUUAUGAAAAUAUUGUGUUCUGUCAGAUUUUAAAAAUGUUUCAGGUGUAAAUAAGGUUUUUGUGUUCCGUCUUGUACCAUGUUUAUAUAUUAUUUGAGUAAUGACUCCUUGCUUCUUUUUUUAUUUUUAUUGGUCAGCUGUGUACCAUGAUACCCUACAAGUAUUGGUGAGCUAUAAUGUACUAUAAAGAAAUAUGGAGAACACCAUAGACACACCUUAGAUGCUAUUAGGAGUGCUUCUGUAGGCCCUCCAGCUGCAGACUCAAUGCCACCCAAGCACUUACCUUUGCUGCACUAAGAUUGGGACAAGGGGACAGGAUUGCUAGUGCAGAGAACAUAAUUGUUCCCCCAUAUGUAAUUAAAUGCACUAUUUUUUCUGAGGAGCAGUAAAAGACAACAUCCAAUCAGAUGGUAGCUUUUAGUGACCAGUAAAUGUUUCCCGCUGAUUGGUUGCUACGGGUUACUGCUCCUUGGCAAGCUUAGCGCCUUUUAUUACAUAACCCCCCCCCCAGCAGAGCAAAAGAUCCUGCCUUAUUACAGAAGGAACCCUGGAAGCUCUCACCUUAUUGUCCUGAGGGACUUACUGUAUCUUACUUGUCCCUCAAGAGAUUUUCCACCUGAAGAAGGGACCUGCAUGUUCGAAUCUCUGCAAUAUAUUUCAACCCUUAUUGUUAUUAAAUGUUUAAAC